GUCUCUAUUGCAGGGAAUGGGUAGAGUGGCGGUUAAUGUGAGUGUCCCUCUGAUAACGGCCAUGAUGGGAGGGGAGGAGGUGGUAAAAUAUCGGCUGCCAUGGUAACAGGGAGACGCGGUUUGCUGAGGUGACUAUGGCCCCUGGGCCCGGACGUGUAUGAGGCAGCAGGAUGGCUUCCAAAAAGAAAUCUGGAUUUAAAGAUUCUAUUGAUGACGUCCUUGGAGAUCUUCUCGAUGAUGAUGAUGCAUCUCCUCCAAGGCCACGCAAAGCAUCCUCUGUGGCCUCUGCAUCUGCCAAUAGAAAUCGGACUACUGCUUUGUCCAGUACUGCCAAAAAGUCACUGCUUGAUGAUGACUUCUUCAGUCAACUUGCCAAAGAAGCAGCAGAGGAGUCUGAUGUCUCUGAGGGCGACGCACAGGCUCUGCUUGAAAACUUGAAGAACUUGGACGAUAUGGAUGCAGAGUUGUUUGUAUCCCGAAAGCCAAAAUCGGCCCCUGUAAAGAAUGCCAGUCAAGCCAUUAUCGGGGACCUGAAGAGUCAAGACAAGACAAUGAGUGGUAUAAGAGGAACAUCAGCACCUGAACAGGAGAAGAAACCCCUUUCUGCACCUGUUGGCCAAGCCCGACCUUACAAGAAAUUCUCUUUUGAUGAUGUGAAGGAUUCUCUUGAUGGGUUUCUGUCUGAUGAAGAUAAUGGGUUUGCAAAGAAGUCAAAAUCUCUGGGCUCUAAAUCUGUCCCGCAACAGGCCCCUGUGAAGAGCAGCGAGACAGCAGCCAUCAGUCCAGCAAAACCCUCCCCAGCUUCUCACAGGAAAAAUGAUCUGAACUUUGAGGAGGACACUGAUGACAUUAUGGAUGCUCUAGGAUUUGGGAACCAUCCUGAAAGUCCCCAGAAAGAGAAGCGCUCUGCACCACAGCCCGCACGUUCCAAAUUUGAUGAGCUGUUAGGGAGGGGGACUUCUGCCAAACUGCUGGAGAGGCCACUAACCGGGGAAAAGAAAGAAUUCAUAUUGGAUCCCAAGUACCAGAAGAUGCCAGAAAAGGAGAAUUCGUUAAAAGAUGAUGACUUUGCUUUUGGCUCCUACCAACCCACUAUGGCAUUCAGUCCAGAAGGUCGACCAUCGCGGCGAUCAUCAGUCAGAUUUUCUGCAGAAAGUAAUGGAGCCAUGAAACCUGAUGCAAGAUCUCGCUCUGCCACCCCUGUGGCCCGGAGCCCAGCAAGGGGGGAGAAGAGCGGAGCUGAUUGGUUAGGUCUAAAGGAUGAAGAUGUCCCCGAUCUAACUCCUUCACUUCCUUCAAGAGAUCCUCCUCGACCCUCCACUGUCACACCUAGCUCUGCUGGUCGACCACCGUCUGGAACUAAAACAGAUGCUAGAUUGGCCCCCCAACCAAAAACCUCUCAGACUGACACCCCCACUGUACAACAGGAAGAUGAUGAGUGGUUGACCUCUGCCCUGUCUCGGAAGAAGGCUCAAAAACAGGAAGAACAAAAAGUCCAGACUCAGAAUGGUGUAAAACAGACUUCUGCAGGCAGUGGUCCAGUAGUGUCUGUGAGCACCACCCAACAGUCAGACCAUGGCAGGACCAUUCAAGAGACCUCUCCAAUCUUAGCAGAGGCAUCUGGAGCUCCAUUACCCUGGGAUAUUGAUGGAAAAGCAGCAUCCUCCAUCACUCCUUUAUCUUCCAGACAAAAGGAAAAUCCUGUUCCAGCUCCAGCUACUUCAGAAAUGAACAGACACAGAGCUCAGCCGUCUACUGUUCCAUCUAAAAUCCAAGACGACAAGAAGGAAUCUCAUAGUCAUGUCUUGCAAAACAAGUUGCUGGAUCUUGAGGCUCAGGUACGAAAACUUCAGCUGGAGCGUGAACGGCAAAACCUGAUACUGGAGACAUUGCAACAGAGGCACAAAGAAGAUCUUGAAUUAAUAGAGAACGCACACAGAAAUCGCUUGAAGCUGCUGGAAGAUUCUGCCCGGCAUAGAGAGAAUCGUCUACAACAGGAGAACCAGGAGCUUUCUGCACAAUACAUUUCCCGCUGUAAGAGUGCAGAGCAGGAGAAAGCAGAAUUGCUGGCUCAAUAUCAGAAGAAACUCACAGAGUUUCAACAAGAAAAGGAUUUGGAAAUAGAAAGGAUACGAGAACUUCAGAGAGUGUCUGUCCAGGAAAUGUGCAAAGACCAUGAAGAACAACUGCAGCGGCUCAAACGCCUGAAAGAUCAGGAAAUAAAUGCAGUGACCAGCGCUUCUUCACACACAAGGUCUUUAAAUGGCAUCAUUGAGCAAAUGGAGUCUUUCUCGCAUAAGCUCAGUGAUCUGUCAGUGAGAGUGGAAAGCACCCAAGUAAACACAUCCCAGGAGUUAGAACUUGGAGCCCGUCAGAGAGAAGGGCAGCUGAGAGCACUACAGGAACGCUUGACACGACAGCAGAAAGAUAUGGAGGAUGAGAGGAACAAUCUGCGGGUGAUCAUAACCAAUAUGGAGACUCGGCUGAAUGAGCAGAGUCGUCUUCUGGAACAGGAACGAUGGAGAGUGUCUUCAGAACAGGCAAAGGUGCAGUCACUACAGCGCUCCCUCGAGGAGGAGAAGAGAAUCAUGACCCAUCAGAUGGCAAUGGAGAGAGAGGAAUUGGAAAGGGCGAAGAGUGCUCUGCUGGCGGAACAUCAGUCAGUCAUGACUCGCUGCGAAGAAGAGCGGAAGAAACUCGCUGCUGAGUGGUCUGAAUUUCACACACAGCAGAAACUGAGCAAGGAGCGAGCGGAAAAAGAUGUCAGCAGAGCAAUAAUGGCGGAGUCCCAUCGAGAAAGCGCCAUUAUCAAUCUAGCUAAGGAACAGGCAGAGCUGAAGGUGCAGUUUAGUGAGCUGCGGAAUAAAGAGCAGCAGCUGGCAUUGGACAGGGAGGCUUUAGAAAAGGAGAGACAGGAGCUGAGGCUUGAGAAAGAACGGGUCAGUGCCUCUGCCCUCCGUGUUCAGCAACGAACAGCGGAAGUAGAAAGUGUGAGCAAGCUGGCCUCUCAGCGUUAUGAAGAAGGGGAAAAGGGUUUAGCCGAAGCCAAAAAAGUGGAGUCUGGACACCAGGAAAGGCUGAGAGCCAUUCAAGGGCAACUGGAAUAUUUGAGACAACGGGAGGAACAUCUUCACCGGGAGCAUAUAAAUCUGGAGCAUCAGAGAAGGCAGCUAGAACAGCUUAGACUGGGGCUGCCCACUGCAUCCUUGCUGCUUCCUAACAGAGACCUGGAGCUUCAGCAGAUACAGCCACUCUCUACAUCACUUCCUGUGAACGGUUUGCGCCUUGCUGUGCCCAGUAUUACAGUUGCCAGCUCAGGUACUCCGCAAGAAAGAGCUCAUCAGAAGUCGGACCUGCAAGCCAUGCUGGCCGUGUAUAAAAUCCAAGCACAACAGGACUGGGACUACAUAGAAAGUGAGAAACUUUAUUUGGAAGCUUUGAAGAAAUCUUCUCCCUCCUCCUUGAGUGUAUGAACGCAAUGAAGUGUUUACUUGAAAGCCCACAGGACCGGACCCACUUACCAGUGGGCAGCUCUCCUUCCUUGAUG